AUACCAGGAUCUUUCAAAGUAAGGUUUGUAACCCAGAAAUAGUUUGCAAGCUGGAUAUUAGUGGGUUGCUACAUCUCAUGAAAGAUGUAGCAUAAUAGGAAUGAAUAGAUAAGUGUCUAGUAAAUGUAGGUAUGUAUGCAUUAAUAGAAAAUAUUUUUUUUUUGUACAGGAUGGAGAGAGGUGUAAUACAAGAAAACAAACUUGGGUCACCGUGUAAAAAGUAGUGUAUAAACAUUAGUCCAUAUUAUUUAGCCUCCCCAGAUUGUUGUAUAUUUGAACUUAACCUUUUUUCUACACCAGGUAGAUUGAGUGUCAUUUUCUCAGAGUGCUGUUUGCAACAGAUGACCAUGAAGUCAAAUGAUAAGAGACUCACAAUGAUCCGUAUGCGUGGGAUCAUAUAUAUGGUUGGUGCGCUGAUCCUGGUUCUAUUUGUGGUGGCUUUCACAUCAGAAACCUUUAGUCUCAACAACUUACUCCAUCCAGUUCCUCGUGCACCCCGCAUUGUUAAACCAUUUGCGCCUGUUGUCCAAGACUUGAAUAAAGAAUCCGUACCAGCUGACAGUCCAACAGUGAUAAAAGCAUUGCGAGACAAGUUCCUCCUGCCUCCCUCGCCUGUGCCAUACAACCUGAGUCACCCUGAGCAGGAGAACCCGUCCAUGGGUCAGGCCCAGAGGAUUGACUUUAUAUUAAAGGAAUAGCGGGAUGGAUUCUACAUUGAAUGUGGAGCAUUGGAUGGAGAACUUCGUUCAAACACUUUAUUUUUUGAGCGUGAAAGAAACUGGAAGGGACUCCUCAUAGAAGCAGACCCCAAGAAUUUUAAGCAGAUGUUAUUGAAACAUAGAAAAGCAUAUAUGUCUCCAGCUUGUCUUGCUCCCACUCCUUAUCCAACUGCUGUGUUGUUUGAGCAGCAGGAAAACCAGGGACACAUUGUAGGGAAGCAAGACAACCCCUCAGGUGGGUCAGAGGUUGGAGGAGUGUUAGAAGUGCAGUGUUUUCCCCUUUACUCUUACUUAUUGGCCCUCAAUGUUACCACGGUUGAUUACUUCAGCUUGGAUGUAGAGGGAGCAGAGUUCAGUGUUCUGAAGACCAUACCAUGGGAAAAAGUUGAUAUAAAGACACUUUCAGUGGAAUUUAUACAUGACCAUGAAGGAAAGGAGGCUAUUCAAACAUACAUGUUAAGCAAGGGUUAUUAUGUUCACUCAGAAGUUACUCAUUACAAUUGGUUAGCCAAUGAUUUUAUUUUUGUAAAAAAUGAAGUUCAGUAAUCACCUUUCUGCAUCAGUUGUCCUUGUGGUUUAUAGGUUCUUGAACA